AUGCUGUUUGGAGAAGUGGCUGGGAGUGUGACCAAUCGUGGGCCAAACGUGGGAGGAUCUCCAUUAGCGUGGUUAGGUCGGCGUGAACAGUCAUCAAUACCUCUGGAUUCUCGUUGUUUGAAGGUAACGUUUAACUCAGAGAGCUCAACCUGCAAAGAUGACUUCAGACACGGCAAGCAAGAAUCUCUACCGAAACAAAGUCAAGCUUCUGAUGCCACACCCAGUAAAGAUGAUGUCCUGUCGGUUGUAAUUCAGAAACUGACUGAGCUAGUGAAUGACAGCAAUAAGAAGAGGUCCAGAAGGAGUUCCUUAUUAAAUAGUUGCUGCAAUGUGAGACGUGCAGGGUCCCCUGAGCGAGCCGAUCCACUUCACAAGUGUCGGAACUGUCCCUGUCUUUUCACUCUAAACGAGAAGCAGCAAAUUAGCAAAGAAAAGCCACUUUGUAAUUGUUGUGAGAAAUCAAAACAGGCAAGAACGAUUCUACCAAGGGAUGUUGAGGUGGAGACAGAUGUGGGAUGCUCUUCCCAGCAACCAGCAAAAAUAAACUGUGAGCUGUGUAGCCAUAUCGCUGACAGCUACGUCAAUCUGCUCUACCAUCUCUCCGAACACAAGGAUGCCAAGAUCUUCAAAUGUAAACUCUGUGAUUUCUUCACCACCGUCCAAUCACGCAUAGUCUCACAUGCAAGUGUUCACAACGCCACUCAUGUCUACAAGUGCAGCAGCUGCCCCUUCGUAACAGGCAAGCUCACCAGCCUCCAGAGACAUAUGAAAAAUCACAACAGGGUGAAUGAGCUACUUCUCAAGUGCUCCGAGUGCGGCUUCUCAUGUCGGUGUGAAGACGCUCUUCGGAAUCACAUGUGGGAACACGUCCCCGCUGACCUUCACACUAGCAGCAGAACACCCAAUCAGAACCCCAAAGAAGUGGUCCCCAUGCCAGGAACUCUCAAAGCAUCCAACCAUUGCAGUACCGCGACUCCAGACCCUGCCAAAGUUCUGCCGUCACAGACAACUGUCAGUGGACAGUCAUAUAUCUUCAAGUGUUUACUUUGUGGGUAUCUUUGUGACAGGCUGGCCACCCUUAAAGCCCAUGCCUGGCGCCAUGCAGGAGAGACUGGAUGCUCUUACCCUAUUGUGGAUGAGAACAAUUCUCUACAUCAGAGUUUGACCAAACCAUGUUUGACUGAAACCCCCUUAGAAUCAAAACGUCUUCCUAAGGAGAUUGAAAGCUGUUCCAUGGUCCACGGUGAAGACCAUACACAACGAAAAGAGGAAAGUUGCGCUAGGGAAACAUCAAGACCUUCCUGUGGGUGUGGCAUUUCUUUGAUGACGGGACAAAGGGAGACAUCAAGCUGUCGCUGUGUUGGAAUCAACAUCCCACCAUCCUCUCUACCACUGAUAACAGAUUUCCUCACCCAUAAUAAAUGUGAGAACUCAGCUGAGAAAACAUCAUCCAAGUGCGACGUAUUCACCAAAGAUUUAACCAGCAUUGAAGUAAGUUCCAACCCAGCAUUUGUUGGUGAAACUCAACUAACAUCUUGCCACAGUAACUGUGCUGAGACAGUACAACAACUAGACAGCUCAGGUUCGACUUCCGAUGAUACCCUCAGAGCAGACCCUUGUGUAUCUGAAGAUAGUCAAGAAAAACAUCAGGUGUCGCAGCAUGAUCCUCAGGUGCUUUUCAUUGAUCCAGACAUUCCAAUUCCUGAACCAGCUGCCAACGUUGAGGCAAUCACAGAACAAUAUCCGGAAAAUAGCCCAAAACAAAUAUCAGAGCUUUGUGAAGAUGCAUUCAUCCCUGCCCAUAGUUCUAUGAAGAUGCCUAUUUCAUUUUCUUUCCACAAGUCAUCUUAUGCUUCAGAAAUUUAUCAAGUAAAUGACAAAAACUCUAAAAGUUUUGGAAACGAAUCAGAAAGUCAACAGGAGUCUGGAACAACUUCUUCAUUUAGUGAUGGCAGGAAAAGUCCAUCAGCACUUAGAGAACAUGUUGAUGCUGCUUGCAGCAUGAUGGCAUUAACUCGUCCGGAACUUUAUGCAGGAAGCAUAAACACAGUGUCUUAUACUAAUAGUCCUGGCCAUAAAAGAGUUUCGGAGAAGGUGUCAGUUUUAUCUCAGGGAUCAAACUUAAGUUUGACUGUAAAUAAAUUACAGCAGAAGAUAGAUUCUCAGCCAGAAUGCAACAAAGAAGUAGAGAUACCUGGAGAGGUUGUUAAGGUUGAGGGAGAGAAUGCAACAAAAUGCUCCGAGGCUGGACAUCCAAUCCUAAAACAGAGUGAGUCAAUUCAAGAUCAACAAACCCUUAAAGUUUCUGAUAGCACCUUUAAGAGGAAACAGAGUUUCGGACAUGAAUGCCCCAAAGGAACAAAGAGGGUCUGCUUGUUAGAGCACGCAGAUUCUGACAGUCAGCAAAACUGUCCCAGUGUGCAAGACGAUUCAUCAGAAAAUGUUGCUUCAUGUCAUCCAGACUCCGAGGAAGACAGUGUUAUAAAGUUCUUCAUGAGUGUCAUUAACAACAGCCCUGAGCCUUUCCAGUGUAAGUUGUGUACCAAGACGUAUGGAGACUAUCCCUCCUUGAAGCAGCAUUUACAGACUCACUUGGUGCACAGCUCCUUCCGCUGCCCCCUCUGCAAGGAUUGCGUUGAGUCUUUGGAAAGCCUCAAGUGCCACAUUCAGGAGCAUUACAAUGAAUCAUACAGCUGCCCAGAAUGCCCUGCCUUCUUCUUUAGCAAGAGCGACUUACAAUCUCACAGGGAGUCCCACAGAGUGGUGAAGGAGUAUAAAUGCGACAUGUGUGACGCGACCUUCUCAGGCCAGGUUGAGUUUAUCGAGCACCAAAAAGCAGUCCACAGUGAGAGGACACUGGUAAAGUGUACACACUGCCAGGAGAAGUUUGGUAAUACAAACACAUUACUGCUGCAUUCGCUGAGCUGUGGUAUGCGUAAGAGGCGAUACUGCAAAGAGUGCAGCUUCUCUUCAGAUACAGCCCAAGGUCUUCAAAACCACGUGAGGGACUCCCACUCUAGGGCCAAGUUCUACAAAUGCACUCUCUGUUCUUACAAAUCCAGCGCCAAGAAUGGAAUCAAGAACCACAUGAAGUUCCAUGCUACUGAGAGGCCCUACAAGUGCGACUUGUGUAGCUUCAUGGGUGCCUAUCCACAGAGCCUGCGUUCGCAUAUGAGGAUGCAUAACCAGCCAGACUGGCGCCCAGAUUGUCUUCCGUCCGAGCUUCCUGAGCAGUACAAGUGUAAAUUUUGCCUCUACACCUGUAACUAUCUCCCGUCUCUCAAGUCUCACAUGUGGCGACACGCCGGAGAUCCAAACUACAGCUACAAGGAUGACCAGGACGAAGACGCGGACCAGCAGACAUUAGAGUGCAGCACUGUCCUAAAUCUUGAGGAGCAUAUCCCAAAACAAGGUACGUCAUCGCAAACCACCUCGACCACAUGCGGUCAGGGGUCAGAGGGGAAGGGUAACAGGGUGACCUUUUGCUGCCAGGAGUGUGGUUUCCAAAGCACAGACAGAAACAAGUUGGUUGACCACCUGAAGGUGCAUCUAACUCGGGAAGUAUUGCCCUCACUAGAGUAGACUUACAACUGACAUCUGUAAGCAGGGUAUGUAGAUAAAAUUACACAUCGCAGAGGAUUGAAAAAAAAAAAAAAAAGCAAAGUGCCAAAUAUUAACAGUAUACAAUAAAGGGUUUGGGUACUUUUUGUAGGUCACAAAACACAGUUUCCACAGAUUUACAUAAAACCUAAACAG